ACCAUGUGUCAUUGUGUGUCACAUGAGAGAGACAAAAUUACAAAUACAAUACAGAGAGAGAAAACUCCGAAGUCCAAUGACCAAUCCCAAUCUAGAAUCAAGCGCUUAUUUUGGUUAGUUUUUUUUUUUUUAAGGUCCCGAAUUCCACUACUUUUUUACAUGGCGCAAAGAAGUUCCCGCUAGAUCGGGAGUAAAUGGCCAAAACUGACCAGGUCUAAUGCACUAUUAUGGGAUGGCCCUUCUCCAACUCUCGCUCCUACUCAAAUACAGACCGUUGUUCUUCUUUUCUUUUUUCAACGACCGACCGAUCGAUUCCUCCUGCAAAACAAAAAAAAAAAAAACACUGUAGCACCCUGAAACCCCCUUCCCUCUUCCUUAAUGCGACAAAAUUUCAAAUUUCUUGAUGAAUGAGAUAUGAAGAAAGUUCGAGAUGCCUCCAUAAGUAUCAAUAACACCACCAACAGCAGCAGAAAGAGCUUUUACGAGCUCUCCUUCUCUUUGAUCUUCUCUUUCUGGUGUCUUCUCUUCCUCUUCUAUUCUAGACUCGGCCAUAGCCACAGAAACGGAGAUUCAUGCAUUGCAGAUAGAAGUGAUAGUUGUGUGAACGGUAUGCUGCUAGAGUUUAAUCUUUCUAUUGACAGUAACAGUUCCACGGUUCGUGAUUAUAAUACUGCAGAUUCCAACUUCUCAAUUCGAGAGACAAAGAGUUUAGAAGAAGUAGUGUGGAAUAUUCUAGGUUACAGAUCCUUAGCAGGUAGAGAACAACAACAACAACAAGAACGGAGCACUAACAAACAAGAACAGGAGAAGAACGACAAGGCAUCACGUCCAACCUAUGUUGAUCUUGAUGAUUUUCGAAACAAAACCAUGCAAGGAAAAGAGCGGGAUGCACAUAUUCAUCUUAGAAACAUUACCCACCGGUUGGAGACAGAUGGAACAGAAUAUAACUAUGCCUCUGCAUCCAAGGGGGCAAAAGUAUUGGCUCAUAAUAAAGAAGCAAAAGGAGCAAGUAAUAUCUUGGGGGGCGAUAAGGACAAGUACCUGCGGAACCCAUGCACGGUGGGAAAGAAAUUUGUUGUGAUUGAACUUGCUGAGGAAACAUUGGUUGAUGCAGUCAAGAUUGCAAACUUUGAACAUCAUUCUUCAAAUUUCAAGGAUUUUGUAUUAUCAGGUAGCUUGAGUUAUCCAACUGAGACAUGGACCCCACUGGGGAAUUUUGUUGCUGCAAAUGUUAAGCAUGCACAGAGGUUCAUGCUGCCUGAACCUAAAUGGGUUAGGUACUUGAAGUUGAAGUUACUUAGCCAUUAUGGGUCAGAAUUCUACUGCACAUUAAGUAUAUUAGAGGUUUAUGGGGUUGAUGCAAUUGAGAGGAUGCUUGAGGAUCUAAUUGAGGUUUCUGAAGAACCGGGUUCUGAUCAGUCUUCAAGUCCUAAUAUGAUUGGAACACUGUCUCCAAGGUUAGAACCAGGUCCUAUUGACAAGGAUGAAACAAUUCAAGUUCACAAUGGGGUAGAUUCUGCUAGCAAAGGGAUAGACAACAGUGAUAAUGGGCAAAGGCCGAAUACAGAUGCCAUAAAGAAUGCAGUCUCAAAAAGUAAUAUUCCGGAUCCGGUUAAGGAAGUGAGGCAACAGCCAAAUGGGAGAAUACCUGGUGACACUGUUCUGAAGAUUUUGAUGCAGAAGCUUAGGUCUCUUGAGCUAAAUCUUUCUGUGCUGGAGGAGUAUAUCAAAGAAUUGAACCGAAGACAAGGGGAUGUUUUGCCGGAACUUGAUAAGGAGAUGUCUCGAAAUGCCUUGCUUCUGAGCGAAAUGAAAUCUGAAAUUAAGGAUCUCAUGGCAUGGAAAGAUAUUAUGGAAAAAACAAUUUGUGAUCUGGACUCUUGGAAACUAGUUGUGUCAUCUCGCAUUGAUACUCUGGUCAGAGAUAAUAGCAUUCUAAGACUAGAUGUUGAAAAGGUGUUACGCGACCAGGCAAAUAUGGAAAAUAAAGAGCUGGCUGUGCUGGCUGUGAGUUUGUUCUUUGCAUGUGUUGCAGUUCUCAGGCUAGCCCUGGAGAAGGCUUUUGUCUUAUUUGGGGCCUCUCAGUCACAUAAUGCCUACAGCACAAGUAGAGGUUGGAUUUUGAUCCUGGUUAGCAGUAGCAUGGCAACCAUCAUCACCUUACUUUAUAACUAACCUCUCCCAUCUUUAGCCCUAGAUGAUUAGAUGUUCUCUAGAUUAUGUCAACUUAAGCUUGCUUUUUGGCCCCUGUUGUAAUGUCUUGCUAGUAUAUAAAGAUGAAAAAAGGUUAUGCAGAAAAUUCUUGUGCAUUUCAGCAGGGAUUUUUAUUUUAUUUAUUUUAUUUUAUCCUUUUAGUACAAUGAAAUAGACCAGUGCUGGAAGUUUGAAAACCAUUUUUAUCAUGGGAAGAUAAAGGGGAUGUUUGGUAA